AUGGUGGGACUAGCUCAACCAAUGCCUAAGAAGGUAAAGGUCAAGCUAUGGGACCUUAAACAAGCUCACUUGGGAGGAAGUCCCAUGUGUCAAGGAGCCAGCUCGACCGACAGCUCGAUCGAGCUAGAAACCAGGGCAACUCGAUCGAGUUCCACAACUCGACCGAGGAAUCCAACUCCAAGAGGCAACAAGUUGAAGAUGUUGAGAGGUGAAGGAAGCCAAGCAGCAUUCGGGAGAAAGCAAAGGGCAGAGAAGGCAAGAAGAAUGAGAGAAAGGAUGUCCAUAGAUGAGGGGUUGGAAUAUGUGAGAUCAAGGGAAGAGGUCAAUCAAGAGAUUGAGGAGAAUGAGCAUGGGAGCAAUGAGAAUGUGCCCAUGGAAGAGAGGAGUCAGAGGAAGAGAGGAUGA